AUGGAAAGUGACGAUGACGACUUCAUCGGGCCCAUGCCCGCUUCAGAACCCACGCCCUCGACCCAUAAUGGCGCAUACGCUCUAGCAGAACGCGAGGCUCGGCAGAAAGAGGCGGUAGCGCGAGAGGCCAGGCAGGACACAUCGUCCCCUCGCCGUCCGGAUUGGAUGCUGACACUGCCAUCGGGUCCCACUGGUCCGUCCAGACUGAGCGCGCGUGGAUUCCAGCAGUCACGCGGCCGCGCCCAGCAUGUGGCGGGCGAAAAUGCAGCGGAAGCUCAGCGGCUAUGGACAGAGACACCCGAGCAGCGCCGUCAUCGUAUUCUACGCGGCGAAACCGCGGCUGACGAGCAGCCGCCUACCAACACAGCUCAGCACGCCAGAGACGCAGCGAUACGUGAACGCCUGGGCCACCGUGCGAAGAGCCUCGUCGAACAGCACAAAGAUCGUCGGCGCGAGGAUUCGCGCAGAGAAAGGCACCAUCAUCGCCGCCACCGCUCCCAUUCACCACACCGUCACAAGACACGUGCGGAGCGAGAAGCAGAAGAUCGUCAACUCUAUGGAGAUCAUGCCCCGCUCCUCUUCGAUAAAGACAAGGUGCUGGGCGCCGGCUCACGGCUUAUGGACGAACGAGCACGUGCGAAGUCCAUCGCAGAUGCUACUCAGCUCUCUACGCGCUUUUCCAACGGCCGAUCUGGCUCGUUUUUAUAG